AUCCUGAUUACCUUAAAUAAUAUUUAUGACCUUAAAAACUAUGAGGUAAUAUCAUCUCUAUACAAUUAUAUUGACUGAUUGAAUCUUUUGUGUAAAUAAUGCACAAAUCAAAUUUCGAUUAUCAGCCAUUUUUGAAAGUGAGUAGUUUCAUUUUUUCAAACAAGCAAACAAACAAAUCAAACUGAACCAACCAUAAAACAGUAAAAAUAGUAAUAAUAAUAAUACUAACAGUUAUUAUUAUUAUUAUAUGGUGAAUAAACAGUGAUUGUGCUCAUAGUCUUAGAAAUAGUGAAUAAAACUUUGAAAGGUGGAAACUUUUUGUUCAAAAUUCUCUAAGGAAAGAAAAUUUUAAAAACUAUUUUCCCGAAAACAAAUCUCCUAACAAAAAAAUUGAAUCAUAAUAAUGAUAAAUGAUAAACCGGUAGCCGUUGUAAAAUAUGUUGAAAUGCCUAUAGAUAUGCAACAGGAUGCUGUUGAUAUCUGUUAUCAAGGUAUAGAAAAAUUUACUGAAGAAUGUGAAAUUGCAUCAUAUCUUAAAAGAGAAUUUGAUCUUAAAUAUGGACCUAAUUGGCAUUGUGUUGUUGGUAAAUCAUUCGGAAGUUACGUCUCACACGAAGAAAACGGUUUCAUAUUCUUUCAUUUAAAAGGACACUGUGCUAUGCUAUUCAAAGCCAGUUAAAAUUUUUUGAUCUCCAUCUUCGAACGUUUAUUUGAACACAUAUACACACGUACAUGUAAUUCUUCAAACUUGCACAUGUAUUGUAGAUCAUUUUGCCAUUUUGUUUCAAAUUAACACUUUUUUUCUUCAAUAAACAUUGUUGUUUAC